AUGGGCCACGUCCGCACCUUUGACCGCCUCCACCACGACUUCUCCGGCUCCUGUGUCUACCUCCUGGCCGGACUCUGCCCCGGCACCCAGGGCCCAGAGCCCUUCCGCGUCCUGGUGCGGGGCGGCCUGGGUGGCAUCACCGGUGCCGAGGUCCUCGUGCGCCGCACGCGUGUGGAGCUGGAGCCCGGCCAGGUCACGGUGAACGGCAUACCAACCCUCCUGCCCCACGUGGCAAAGGCCUCAGCGGUGACCCUGGAGCCCCGGGGCUGGGAGGUGGAGGUGCGGACCCCCCGGGGGCUGCGGGUGGCCUUCGACGGGCACCACGGGCGGGUGAGCAUCCGCGUGCCGGGUGCCUACAGCGGCCACCUCUGCGGGCUCUGCGGGGAUUUCGACGGGGACCCCCGCAAUGACCUGGCGCCGGCGGGGGGCUGGCGGGUGAGGGACACAUCGGGGUGCAGGGACGCGGCGGGGUGCGGGGACGUCGGGGGAAAGGGGCAACAAGAUGUGGGGAGGGAGUGCGGGGUGCUGCUGAACAAGGAGGGGCCCUUCCGGCUCUGCCACGAGGCCGUUCACCCUGAAACCUACUUCCGGGACUGCGUCGCCGACCGGUGUCACCGCGAGGGGGUCUGCCGCGUCCUCGCCGCCUACGUCGCUGCCUGCCAGGAGGCCGGGAGGAAGGUUCUGGAGUGGCGUUCCAAGGGGUUCUGCUCCCCCCAGUGCCCCACGGGCACCCGCUACGCCAUCUGCGCCCCAGGCUGCACCCCGGGGUGCCGUGAAGGUUGCGUGUCCCCUGACGACUCCCACGGGGACACCCAGAGGUGCUCAGCAGAACCAGUGGCAGCACCAGCUACCGUGGGCACCCCAGGGACCUGCCGGGCCGUGGGGACCCAGCACUACUUGAGCUUCGAUGGGGUGGCCAUGGCCGUGGCGGACAACUGCUCCUAUGUGGUGGCCCGGAGCUGCGGCCCCCCCGGCGCCCACCCUGCCUUUGAUGUGACCGUCACCGACCCACCCCGGGGUGGCCCCGGCCCCCGCAGCGUCACCGUCACCGUGCACCAGCACCGCUUUGUGCUACGGGGUGGGCACCCCGGCAUGGUGGAGGUGGACGGCUCCAAGGCGUCGCUGCCCUUCUGCCUGCAAGGCCAGGCCGUGUGCCUGGCACCCCGGGGUGCCACCACCCUCCUGGUCGCCGACUUCGGCCUCCGCGUCACCGCCGGCCCCGGGGCGGCGGUGGCCGUCACCGUGUCCCCGAGCUUCCGCAACGUCACCUGCGGCCUCUGCGGCAACUUCGACGGCCACCCCUACAACGACCACCUCCACCAGGCCACCACGGCCACGUGUCAUCGUCCCUGCCCCGGCCCCACGUGUCCCCCGUGCCGGCAGCCCCCCAAGAAAGCCUUCGUCCACACCGAGCUCUGCGGCGUCCUGCGGGACCCCCAGGGGCCCUUCGGGGGCUGUCACGCCGCGGUCCACCCCAGGGUCUUCUUCGACGUCUGCCUCUGGGAGCUCUGCGAAGCCCCCGAGGACAAGGAGGUCCUCAGCGAGGUCCUGGGCGCUUACGAAGCCGCCUGCCGCCAGGCCAAGGUCCGCGUGGGACCCUGGCGCGCCCCCAGCGUCUGCCGUGAGUUGGGGACCGCGGGGACACGGGGUGGGAGGUGGCCACGGGUAUUUUGGGUGGUCAUCUUGGGGAGGUUCUUGUGCGGGACUCCCCCGUGGCCAUGACAUCCACAUGGAUCCAUCCACAGUGUCACCUACGUCUGGGUCCACACACGACAUCCCCGUUUCCCCCCACCCCGGUGUCCCCUAGGUGUCUGUCCAUCCGUGAUGUUCUCCAGCUCUCUGUCCAACCACGACACCCCUUUGUGGCCCUUCAUGAUGUCCCCUUUGUGUCUGUCCAUCCGUGGUGUCCUACAACUGUCUGACCAACCGUGACGUGCCUACGUGACCACAUUGUCCUCUGUAUGUCCCUCCAAAACAUCCGCCGUCGACGUUCUCCACCUCUUGGUGUUCCUCUCUCCACCUCUCGGUGUUCCUCCACGAUGUCCUCUGUCUCUUGGUGUCCCACCAUGAUGUUCUCCAUCUCUCGGUGUUCCUCCACCCACGUGCCUACAAUGACCUCAGCGGGCUCACCGUAUCUUCUAUCUGUCCCUCCACGACAUCAACCACCUCUGUCCCUUCAUGACAUUCAACUGCGGCGUCCCCCGUGCUUGUCCAACCGUGACACCCCCGUCUGUCCUUCCAUGACGUUCUCCACCUCUCUGCCCACCUGUGACAUCCCAUGUCCGUGAUGUCCCCAAUGCAUCCGUGAUGUCCUCCAUCUCCCUGCCCAUCCAUGACCUCCUCACGUGUCCCUCCACGUGUCCCUCCACGUGUCCUACCCCCGACGUGUCCCUCCUCCAGGCCACGUCCCCACCCAAUUCUCGUAUCUCCUACAGCUCCGUGGUGCGUCGAGGGCUCCGGCUGCCGCCCCGGUGUCACCUGUGUCCCCCACCGAGCGCUGCUGCGGCGGGACCUGU